UUAUUCUUAUAUUGAAAUUUUACUGAUGAAAUGUCACCGGUUCGUCAUGAGCUCAUUAGCAUUAAUUUUAAUAUUGUUGACGUGGUUGAGUCGACGGUAGCCAAUGAUUUAAGAGCUAGGUAGGGGGACAAUGAGAGAUUUAAGUGGUAAAGCUGCCACUCACUUUAGCUUUGAUGUAUUUUUCGCGCCAAUGGCGGGCCUGUAGCCAGCCCCUAUCACUAAUGUCCACAGCCUAAGGGCCAGCCCCUUUUCGAAAUGACCGACUCUACACUAUAUCAUGACUUGUCUCCUUUACUACGAAUUGUUUUGGUUCUUCUUGGAUCAGUGUACACUGAUCAUCUACUGUGAACAACCUCAACUCUUGUUAGAUUGUCAGCGUUUCAAACCUUAUCAAGCUUUACUGGGCCGUGUAUGUGACUGUGAUACACAAAAUUAGUGUACCACUGUGUACUUAACACGCCACUGAUUCCACACGCCAACUGUAGGGAUAGAGAGUAGACUUGGAUGCCGACAUCGCACGGACGUUGCCCCAGCACCACCGGUUGUGUCUCUGUUGACCCGCCGGGCCAGCGGUCUGCAACGGUACCCCACAUUGACUCCAGCGAAUGGUGUAAAUUUACUUAAUGAUUGGCACUGCUCUGUAAAUCUCUUCAAAAAGCUUUCUUGAAUAGAUUCUUGCGUGGGAAUCAAAGAGGAAAAUCGACUUAAUUCGGCCGUCCCUCUUGACAUCGUUGACAGUCGUUGCAUCUUCAAGAUCAGCUAUACUUGCUAUAAGAACAAACACAAAGCAGCAACUUAUAAAAGGAGAGGUUGGGUUUACCAGGGAGGCGGUAGUUACCCUUAAUUUGAGUCUUUUUGGCUAUGGAUUUGAAUCAAACGGACCAAAAUCCACUGUCACCCAGGGCUAACCGAUUCAGCAUAGCAUCACUGAUUUCUCCGGAGGAUCGCGGUGUGGCCGAGGAGGCCUUAGCGGCAGUGAACGGGACAAGUUGUACCGGCGUCUCGCUACAGAACACGGCCAACGGCUUGCUGGCAGACGCGCUGGGUGAUACAGCAGGAGAUUGGGGAGUGCGCUACACAUCAGAUCUUCAUACAAUGGAAGUUUCAGCUAAAAGCACGUCAGAUUACGACGAGGGGUGCAACAACACACGGUCAUCCAGUCCACAGAUCAUAAGUGAUCAAUGUAAAGAUAUCAUUGAUCCAAUGACAAAGAUAUCAGGAUCCUCUUCAGAUACAUCUUCUAUGAAUGGAGACAGAGACAGAAUCAGGAGCAGUGAUGGAGAUGUUGGUGAAGAUGUUGAAGAUGGACAGAUUGCUAAGAGGAGGAGGUUAGAUGAGAAACCAAUGAGUGCUAAAGUGGUGACUGUAGAGGUACGACUGGAAAUGAAAGCAUUAUGGGAUGAAUUUCAUUCACUUGGAACUGAGAUGAUUGUCACCAAGGCAGGCAGGCGAAUGUUUCCUACUUUUCAAGUCAAGAUUUCAGGGAUGGAUCCAAUGGCUGAAUACAUCCUCAUGAUGGACUUUGUUCCGGUAGAUGAUAAGAGAUAUCGUUAUGCCUUCCACAGCUCUAGCUGGUUAGUAGCAGGGAAGGCAGACCCUGAAAUGCCAGGAAGGAUUCAUGUACAUCCAGAUUCACCAGCUAGAGGAGCUAUGUGGAUGAAACAAAUCGUCUCCUUUGAUAAACUCAAACUCACAAAUAACCUCUUAGAUGAUAAUGGACAUAUUAUUCUAAACUCCAUGCACCGUUAUCAACCUCGUUUCCACGUGGUUCACGUCAGUGGUCGUAAGGAUUUCGAUGAUGCUCCUGAGAGAGACUUCAAAACCUUCAUCUUCCAGGAGACACAAUUUACUGCAGUUACAGCGUAUCAGAAUCAUAGGAUAACCCAGUUGAAGAUAGCAAGUAACCCAUUCGCUAAGGGAUUCAGAGAAUGCGAUCCUGAUGAUUGUAUUCGUGCUUCAUCUGGACUUCUCAACUCACACCAAGGCUCGAGUAUCAUCGAGAUUAUGCCACAUUCGAAUGGUCCAAGGACAAGGAAUCACCACCGACCAAGCUCACUACAGAUUGUGGGUAUUAGCAGGAGCAGGCCUCUUACACACAGACAACAAUCAAAUGAACAAAUUUCUGAGACGAAUCGAGGUGCAACAACAGGGACCUCGGUAUCCCCACCUAUGACGUCAGAACCAGCCAAUACCCUCCCAAGCUCACAAUUGGUCAAUCCUAAUCCAAGCUUCCCGGAUCUUGGCCAAUCACCGAUGACCAACGGCACAUGCGCAACGGAUACCUACCCGACCUACCAUCCUGACAACCAAUACAGUUAUGGGCCAAGUUGUUACUUCCGAUCUAAUACUCGCCCUACACCAUACUCGAGGGAUGUGUCAUACAUGAGGGACACCCGUUACUGCGGCAAUGGACUAGGUUAUAUGGGGCGGACGAAUCCCCAGUUUACCUACGACCCUUCCACUAUGAUGGGAGGUAUCGAUCCGCGAAGGAAUUACACUCAACACAUGGUGUGAUUACAACCGGAACUACUUUGAGUAUUCAUCAUUAUGAUAGCAAAAUGCAAAUGAUGUAUAUUGUAGAUAUUUCUUUUGACGCCAAAGGUCAAGUGAUAACAAAAUGGAUGAUACCUACAAGUCAUUGGACCCCAUUUGCCCCCGUUACGUCCUACGAUGUACACAAAGAGCAGGAAUGUUAGCAGUUUAACAUAACUGAUUGAAAAUUACCUUUCGGAGAAUGAUAACAAGUCGUUCGUUUUGGUUGGUAAUUAUUCCCACUUUGUUAUGAUAUAUGCAGUCAUAUUGUCUUUGAACCACUGUAACUAUAAUUACGGCAAUGCCAAAAGGGAAAGUGGUCUGUCUCUAAGAGUAGGGACAAUGUUCAAGAUGGCUAAUUAAGAUAUAUACAGCGUGUAAAUAAAAUAAACAAAAGUUUUGACAUUUCCCAACUUUCCUUUGCCAAAAAGUGAACUGACCGACCACAUCAUUGAAGAAACAAGUUAUAAACCCUUGACUUAAAAAGUCCUUCUUGGCCAAUAAUAAUAAACAGAUUUUAAAGACUGAUAAUGGGUGUUAUUGGGACAAUUCGAAGAUCGAUAUUGCAAUGUGGUUUUCAAAUCGAUUAUUAGUAUUCUGAAGGAAUACAAAAUGGAACAUUCAAAAUGUGUGCACACUCGAUUAUGGUGUAUUCGAUAUAUGUAUAUUUGUCAAACAAAUUUGGACCGUAAUGAUUUGAAUUGAUUCAUUGCUUGUAAUUUGAAUGUAAAGGUAACAGCUGUAUACGAAUCCUGCCUUCAAUGCAUGCGUUUUCAUUAUGAUUUACUCGAUAUUUAACUCGUGUGGAUAUGUUUUGAAGCGGUAAAACACCAAAUAAACACGGGGUAUGAUUCCUGAAGAGCCAUCUGCGUCAGUUCUGCUCGACUAUCCCCCAUCUCAAACUGUUAUCAUGGGCUUUACCGGCCACAGCUGCUGUUUAUUUAUCAGCCAAUUCCUUCAAAAGUUGUGCGUUCAAGUGCGAAGUUUCAAGCUGCUGGCUGCUGAAUGAAACAGUUUGGUAAAAGUUCCCGACAAAAUUCCCAAGAGAAACUGGUCCUGGCCAUUUUUUAGAUCAAAUCUAAAGUGACAAAUUGCACCGCGUGAAAUUCGGUUGGUUACAUUUGACAUAAUUGUACAUGUGAAAAGAAUUUAACUGGUGGAGAAAGGUGCGAGAGGGUGAGGGGAGAUGAGGAAAUCGUAGAAGGCCCUACCCGGGCAUGGGAAAAAAUCAGUAACUACGACAACAACCUCACCACCACUAAGAACAACACCACAACAACAUCAUCAUCAUAAUCAUCAUCACCAUUAUCCAAAUUGCCCCGUGCACAACACGUGAUUAGGAGUCCAACACACUCUGCCACUCGUUGACAAACAUGGAUGUAACUUAACAAAAGAAACUGAAAACCAGCGGGGCUUGCUGUAUCAAGCUAAAUCCCAAGGAGCCUGGGCUACUAAAGCCCCUGGUUGCUGUACGGGGAGACGAGGCGCUGCGCCCCACUCAGGCCUCCAUUCACUCGAGUCUUUUCGGUAUAGCCGGGGGUGGGGGACUCAACGAAUUCUGAUUGCUUGGCAAACUGAACUCUGCCAAUUUUGUUGAAGGUGUAGAGUGAUUGGACAUAGUAGUGGACUAUAUACACCGUAGCUUCAACCUGCUUGAACUCUGAAAAUAGUGGGACUUGAACAGUGGAUGACCAAAUGACGCCAUCCACAACGUUAUAGUAAUCAGAUAUUCCCUAUAAGUCAAACAAUAGUGGUCUUAAACCAAGGUAUUAAGACGAAAUCAGACUUGCUCCACAAUGAAAGGAAAAUCAGAUAAUGCUGUUUGAUGGUUGGACAUGAUGGAUCUCGCACUCGAGUCAACUUCAAGCGAAAAAAAUAACUUAAACAGAAUAUACACUCAUCUUGAACAAUCGACAACAGUUGGAAAUAAGUCCGGGAAAGACUACAGGGUUAAUUUAUUCCAAACUAAAGUAAAGUGACUAGAGUAGUGAUUUCAGAGCUGGUAAAUCAGGACAGGCUUCUUUACUCGUUACCAUCCAUUUGGGAACAGAAUGUUGUCAUUAUUAUUGUCAUACCGGCUGUAUGGUUGGAACAUACUGUAUUUGUUUUAGCUGGUGACAUCAUAAUGACGUCAUGAUCAAACAGUCAUACUCGCGGCAACAUGAACAAACAAACACUUAAUAUAGACAAGCUAUUCCCUUGUCAAUGUUCAUUUCUUUUAAGAAGAAAUCCGCUCCUUAUAGCGGUUCUUUUGUCAUGGAGAAUUGAAACCAUGUUAUAAGUUGUAAAUAUUUUAUUUGUGAUUGACUUUACGUCAAGGAAGUAAUUCAAAACCAUUUUUUAUUUAUUUAUUGAUAUUUCAAAAAGUUACAGCCGCCUUUGAUAAGAACAUCCUCUGCGAUGUUGUUGGUUGAUGUAAUUAUUUGAAAUACAUGAUUGUAAUCAGGAUGGUUAACCCAAAUUUUUAUAUAUUAAAUUAAUGACAGCACAAUAAGUAUCAGGCCAAAGGAACUUUAAGGUAAAAGAUUGAAUGACGUUUGCGUAAGUUUUGUUUUGAUUGAUCCAUUAAAAAAAAAAAUAUUUCGACCGAGGCUCAGCAGUACUGAUUGUGACCAAACAGUGUUGGAUAAUAGAAAUAAAAAUCAUGUUAAGAGAUGACAAUGUUACUUAUUCAUAUUAUUAUAAAAAGUAUGUUUGAGGUCGAAGGUGAAGCAAUAUGCAGUUCUCCAGAAGACGAUCAGAGCAUACUGAUCGAAAUGUCGAGUUGAACCCAACGGUUCUUUUCAGAGCCACCCAA